UAUAAGAGAGUGUGUGUAAUUGUGUAAUCUUGGAAGGACUAAAUUGUAAAAGGUACACAAAUAUAUGGGAAGGAACCGAGAGGGAUCGUUGUGUGUGGCUCCAGAAAUUUCCCCAAAUCACUCGACUCUACAUGGUGUCAGAGCCGGUCGAGGCGCAGGCGCGGCAGCAAGCAGAGGCGCGGCGCCGGAGCAAAGCAGCAGGCAGCGGUUCAGGUUGGUGGUGAGGCGCCGGACGGAGGCGGCGCAGGUGACGCAGAGCAGCGGGGCAGCCGGACGCCGGUCGAGGAGCAUCGGUGAGCGUGCCGGGAGCCUGGGAAGUCGCGAGCGCGGAGGGGGCGUGAUCCCGGGCGAGCAGCCACGCAAGGAGGCGAAUCGCGGAUCAACCUGACGGAAGCUCGAGCUGUGUGGUGGAUUGGAGGGAGAGCGUGUGGUUGUUCAGGGGGUACUUGUGUGCUGGAGAUAGACAGGGAGAGGCUGGCUGCUGCUGUUGGCUGCCCGGUUGGGAUUGAAGGAAGGCAGCGGAGUGACUGGUGCUGCGCGUGGAGGUGUAGAGCUUGUGAGGGGCUGUGCAGGUGUGAGUUGCAGGUGUUGUGUGCUUCAUCUGUGAUUUGGAGGAAGGCAAGGGAGAGGUCUCUGCAGAUUUGGUGUCGGUUUGCUGCUACUAGUGGAGAUUAAGCGUUUGAAGCAGAGAAAUUGUAGUUGCAGCUGAACAAUGGGGGAAAAUCAGGGCAUUGAGCAGGUCCUAGGGAAACUGGUGGAACUGCUUACAACAAAGAAGGAUGAGGCUCCAUCUUCUAGCAAGGAAAUUGUGCCACACAUGGAUGCAGUCCAGAAGUUGGAAUUGCCACCAAUUGACAUCAAGUUGGAAGGCAUAAAAAAUUAUUUGGCUUGGUCUAGACGGGCAUUGUUGUUUUUGAAGGCUAAGAAGCUUGAGAGCUAUAUUAAUGGGGAAAUGGCCGAGCCAAAGGAUAAAUCAAGUAAUGAAUGGAAAAACUGGGAUGCUACUAACUCUCUGGUGGCUGUUUGGUUAUUAAGUUCAAUGUCUCCAACAAUUGCCGCAUCUGUAGAUACUAUCACUAGUGCUUCUGGAAUGUGGGAAGCUGUAUCAAAAAUGUACUCAGGCAGUGGGAAUGUUAUGUUAAUGGCAGAAACAGAAGAUAGAAUCUAUCAUCUGAAACAGGGAGAGUUGCCUCUAAUGGCUUAUGUUGCUGAGUUGAAGCGAUUAUGGGCUGAUCUAGAUCACUACGAGCCUAUUGAGUUACCACACCCAGAAUGUGUGGCAUGGGUGAAGAAGUAUGUGGAAAAAAGGAGAGUUCUUCAGUUUUUGAGAGGAUUAAGCUCAGAAUUUGAGGGAAGGCGUGCUGCUAUGUUCCAUCAAUCUAGUCUUCCUAGCCUGGAGGAAGCCAUAGCUGCUAUGGCACAAGAAGAGAGUAGGCUGAAAGUAAUGAAAGGGAAUGCUCCAUCUCUGCCUCAGCCAGCGUUUGUGGUGGCAGAAUCACAUGAAACCAGAAUAUGCUAUAAUUGUGGUGAGAGAGGUCAUCUGAGUCGUAUUUGCCCUCAACCACAAAGGUCUCAUCGUGGAAGGGGGAGAGGUAGUGAUAGAGGUACAUCGAGGGGAGGUGGAUACCGUGGGGGAAGGAGAGGCUAUAGAGCUAACUUUGCUAUGCCUGAGGAAACUGCAUCAGAUUUGGUCACAAUUCCAGUUGCAGAGUUAGAAGAGUUGAAGAAGCUAAGAGAGAACAAGAGUAACUCAAAAUAUGAUGAUCAAAGAGCAGUGUCAACCUCAUUUGGUAAUGUUGCCAAUCUUGUUCAUUCUGAUUCAGGAAAGGAAGACUGGAAAGAGACUUGGGACUGGAGUUCGAAAUAAUGGACUCUGGUUUCUUGAUAGAAGGAAGACCGAUGAAGCAAUAUGUCUAGCUCUCACAACAGUAGCUAGUGAAGAGGAGGCGAAGGUAAUGCUUUUGCACUGUCGGUUGGGGCAUAUAUCUUUUGAUGUUAUGAGUAGAAUGUUUCAUGAUGAAAUGUGCAAGGUAGACAAACGAAAAUUAGUAUGUGAUGCUUGUGAAUUUGGGAAACACACGAGAGCCUCCUACGUGAGUAGAGGACUACGGAGUGUGAAUCCUUUCAUGUUGAUCCACUCAGAUGUGUGGACUUCUCCUGUUGUUUCAGUGAGUGGAAUGAAAUAUUUUGUUACCUUCA